AUGAAAGAAAUUAUAUUAAAUUAUUAUUUAAAUUGUAUAUUUUAUAAAAUUAAUUUUGUUAAUAGAAAUAUUAUAUUAUUUAUUCUAAAAUAUUUUUAA